AGUUAGGUUACCGUCUCGUAGCCCCACACACAAGCACACGCACUGAGGGUGCGCACCGUGCAGUGAAAAUGGAGACAACCCAACCACGUUCUGUGAAAAACCAAUGCACAUUUUACGGUUUUUACCAAUCACAGUAUUCGAUAUAGAGAGAGAAAGCAACAAAAACCAAGCUCGUCUCUUGGGAUUCUGUACAGACGUUUCUCACUCUACACGUCCUGGUGGUGUUCAUUUUCCACACAGAGGGAAAUAUAAUAAAAAAGGGGGCAAUUGUUUUUGCGUCUUUUAAGGUGGAUAUAAUUUCUGGGCUUCCAUUAUCUGCUGCUGUUUGUUUGACUUCGAUGUUGAAUCAUGUAAUCAAACACGAAUUUGGCGUUGUUGGGUUGGCAAACUUUUUAUGUAUAUGAGCUUUGUUUGAGCGUCGAAAAGUUGGAUCUUUUGGUGUUUUGGGUGGCCGAAAAGAGAGCAAAAUCUGCGUUUUCAUGGCGAGUAAAGGGUCGUUUACUCAGCAGCACAGCAGUUUUCAAGCUGAAGGGGGUGGAGUGAAAGAUGCGUUGUAUGAGGAAUUGUGGAAGGCCUGUGCAGGCCCUUUGGUGGAUGCUCCAAGAGCUGGGGAAAGAGUGUAUUAUUUUCCACAGGGUCAUAUGGAACAAUUGGAAGCUUCAACGAAUGAAGAACUGAAUCAGAGGAUACCAUUAUUCAAUCUCCCCUCAAAGAUCCUCUGCCGUGUUUUCAACACUCAGCUACUGGCUGAACAAGACACUGAUGAAGUGUAUGCACAAAUCACUUUGAUGCCAGAAGCAGAUCAAUCUGAGCCAAGAAGCCCGGAUGAGCUUCCUGAUGAGCCCGUUAGGCCCGUGGUUCACUCGUUCUGCAAGGUUUUGACAGCUUCUGACACGAGCACACAUGGCGGAUUCUCAGUCCUCCGAAAACACGCAAAUGAAUGCCUUCCUCCUUUGGAUAUGACUCAGCCCACGCCAGCUCAAGAACUGGUUGCAAAGGAUCUGCAUGGGAUCAAAUGGCAUUUUAAGCACAUAUUUAGAGGUCAGCCGAGGAGGCAUUUACUCACAACAGGAUGGAGCACAUUUGUCACCUCUAAGAGAUUAGUUGCUGGGGACAGUUUCGUAUUUCUAAGAGGAGAGAAUGAGGAAUUACGAGUUGGGGUGAGGCGCCACGCCCUUCAACCGAGUAUAAUGCCAACAUCUGUUAUUUCGAGUCAUAGCAUGCACCUUGGGGUGCUUGCAACCGCUUCUCAUGCUGUUUCGACUCAGACCCUUUUCGUUGUUUAUUACAAGCCGAGGAUGAGACAGUUCAUCGUAGGACUUAACAAGUACUUAGAAGCUGUGAGCCACGAGUUUGGAGUGGGAAUGAGAUUCAAGAUGUGUUUUGAGGGGGAAGAUUCGCCCGAGAGAAGGUUUUCAGGUACAAUUGUUGGGGUGGAAGAUAUUUCUCCUAAUUGGGAAGAUUCUAAAUGGCGGUCUUUAAAGGUCCAAUGGGACGAGCCUGCUUCAAUUUCAAGACCUGAAAGGGUUUCGCCUUGGGAAAUAGAACCAUUCGUGCCGUCAGUGCCAGCUGGACUUGUUACACCACCAGCAACAAAGAAUAAAAGGGCCCGGCCUCAACUCGAAAUCCCAAACACUGCUGCUUGGAGUCUUCCACACGAAUCGAACCAAUUGAAUCUUGGUCAAAAUAGACAAUCGAGCAAUCACGUAACUAAUUCACACGCUAAACAAAUGGAUGGUGAGGAAACACAAGAGAGCAAAAGUGCAUCAGCUUGGUCUGUUAUGUCAAACCAUUCGGCUCCGAGCUCUGGAAAAAAUCCUUUAUCUUGCCUAAACGAGAAAAAAUCGGAUAAAUUUGUGGCGUGUCGAUUAUUCGGGAUCGACUUGAAUAGUCCCUCAUCCGUGCCUCUUUGUGAAGAUUCUUCUAUGAUAUCGAGUGAUAACAUGCCACAAGAUGGUGAUUCGGAGAAUAAAUCUAGUGUUUUGUAUGACUCGAAAGGCCAAUUACAUGUAACGACAAAAGAGGUUCAGAGCCGGCAUGGCCAUUCGUCCAGAAGUCGAACGAAGGUACAAAUGCAAGGAGUUGCGGUUGGCCGAGCGGUGGACUUGACUGCCUUAAAGGGCUAUGAUGAGCUUAUGACCGAACUUGAAGAAAUGUUCGAAAUUAAAGGGGAGCUGAUGCCUAGAAACAAAUGGGAAUUAGUUUUCACCGAUGAUGAAGGGGAUAUGAUGCUUAUGGGCGAUGAUCCAUGGCCAGAAUUUUGCAGCAUGGUUCGGAGGAUUUUCAUAUGUUCUAGCCAGGAAGUGAAGAAAAUGAAAGGAAAUGGCUUAAACUUGGAUGAAAUGAAUGAAUAUCCUUUUGUUGAAUUUUCGCUGUAUUUAGACAUGAAAGUGAUGAAAGAAGAUUCUUUUGCUGGAAUUGGUUCUUGGUAA